AGGACAAACAGGCAAGUUUCAGCGAAGACACAAGAUGUGCUCCAUCACAAAGCUAUGUUUACGGAGAAAAAUGCACGACUGUCAGUGGUUAUAAUCCGUAAUCUGCUCGAUAUGUAGUUGUGUUGUCAGCGGUUUAUCGGAGUUUGGUCGCAACCUGCGCGCGUUGGACUUAGUAAGUGACAGCUUCUCAGACAUGGACCCUAAAGAAGUAUUCGGAGCAUUGCAGACAGCAUGUUCAGAUGUGAUCUCAGCUCUUAAUGGAUCCCCCAAUUCUUCACUUGGUGACCAUGCUGAUCGUCUGUUGGGGUUGAUGAGGCAGAUUCAGGAACACGGCCAUGCCGUCAAACCCUUGGUCACUGGCUUUACUGCUGUAUAUCACCAUUUUGACUUGGAUGCCAAUACACCCGGCAAUGGAUAUCGGUCCUUAGUCAAGGUGGUACAUUCCUGCACCCUCCACAUCAUCCAGAAAGCCCGUUAUAUUGCUUCAAACUGCAACGGGCCAUUUUUCCGAAUGGAGCAUAACGUAGCAGAAAUAGAAGCGUACUGUAGUGCCCUGUGUCAGCUGCGGGCGUUGCUUUACCUGGCACAGGUAUUACUAAAUGACAAUGCCCACGGGCAGCUCUAUUCACAUGAGAAAGGUGGGCUGAGUGAGAAGUUUGUUCAAGAAUACAUCUCCAUGCACAAGGCUUGUUUCUACGGCCGCUGCUUGGGCUUCCAGUUUUCCCCUUCUCUAAGGCCUUUUCUGCAGACCGUGGUCAUCAGUAUGGUGUCAUUGGGUGAGAACUACAAGAAACAGCAGACCGGAGUAGGCAUAGCUGCUCUCUCUCUAUUCACAUCUGGCAAAUAUUUGAUGAACCCUGAUUUGAGAGGGGCGGAGUUCGAACGCAUCACUCAAAAUUUAGACAUGCAGUUUUGGAAAACCUUUUGGAAUCUUACUGAGACAGAGCUAUUAUCAGGUUUAAGCAGAAUUGCUUCCAGUGUGGUGCAGGUGAAUCUCACAUUUACUGUGCCAGCUGAAACUUUGAGUUUGCCCCUCGCCUCUGACCCUAGUCUUUCAGUCUCUGUGUCCCCCCCAGUUGCACAUUGGGGCCCGGGGCCAGUUAACAUGCGCUUGGUCUCACACACACUCCGCCAGGGACAGGACAAUGCAGAACUGUUGGCAUUUUCUCGACCUCAGGGGCCUCAGUUAUCUCUACCUUUAGCUUUCAAUCGUGAGACAGCUCCUCUCUCUCCAUACCUGGUCAUACACUUCCAUGGAGGAGGCUUUGUUGCACAAACUUCAAAAUCACAUGAGAAUUACCUGAAGAACUGGUCAAAGGAUCUGAAUGUGCCUAUUCUUUCAGUGGAUUACUCUUUGGCUCCAGAAGCCCCGUUCCCCCGUGCUCUAGAGGAGUGUUUUUACGCCUACUGCUGGGCUUUGAAGAACUGCCACUUGUUAGGCUCGACUGCAGAACGAGUGUGUUUGGUGGGGGACAGCGCAGGUGGCAACCUGUGUAUAACCGUCUCUAUGAAGGCCAUGUCUCACGGCGUGCGCGUACCCGAUGGGAUAGUGGCUGCGUACCCAGCGACUCUACUAACAAUAGAUGCAUCACCGUCCAGGCUGCUCACUUUAAUUGACCCUUUGCUACCUCUCAGUGUGCUUUCCAAGUGCAUCGAUGCAUAUGCUGGCAUAGGUAGUCGGUCAAUACAGCCAGCACAGCAGUUGGACACCCUGGCUGCUUUGGGACAGGAUACAGUACAGUUGCUUAAUACCUUCACCCAAAGCGCAAACAACUGGUUUCAGUCUUUAAUAGAUCAGAAAGCAUCAACAUCUUCCACCACAUCAUCCAAUGGGAUUCCAGCAUCUGCUUCACGCACCGGAGACCGGCCAGAGGAAUCCAGAGAAUAUCCAGAAAAUUUUGAACCACUCCGGUCUAGAUGUCUGGUGGAUAUGCAGACACCUUGCACACCAAUAAUGAAGAACCCAUUUGUGUCCCCUUUACUUUCACCAGACAACCUUCUCAAGGGGCUUCCACCUGUACAUAUAGUGGCCUCUGCUUUGGAUGCUCUGUUAGAUGAUUCGGUGAUGUUUGCCAAAAAGCUAAGGAACAUAAACCAGCCGGUGACACUCACUGUGGUUGAUGACCUUCCCCAUGGCUUCUUGAGUCUAGUUCAUCUUUCCAAAGAUACCCAGGAUGCAUCUGACAUAUGUGUGAAACUAAUCCGAGAAGUUUUACAAAAGGAACUACCUGCUGCUCAAAGGCAACCAGGUCUUAAUUAGACCAUUCGGUUAUAGCAAUACAUUGGAAAGAUCAGGGUCCAAUGAACAACUAUAAAUGAAACUUGUUUUGACAAAUAAAUCAAAAAUACUUAAAGAAACAGAAAAAAAUAAGUUGUUAGCACACAUUAAAUAGUGUAGGAGCUCGAAACUACACUAAAUCCAUCAAACUGAACUCUUGAAAAAAGCAUGCACUUGCACUUGUUAAAUACUUUCACCAAAGUAUUGCAUUUAUGUUUUGUUACAUACAUUCUGUUGAAAUGUAUUGAAACAUGCAGCUUUGCAUUAGUGAGUGACUAAAAGCUAUUCAUAAUGACCAUUCACUGUAACUGACCAAACUGAAUGUCUUAAGCUUCCACCAACAUUUCACCAUCGUGCCUCUACUUAAGCAAUAAAAUCGAUUUAGACUACAACACCAAAGCAAAUGCAUUAACACCAAAGCAAACGCUAUUGUUGGCUUUUGUGUACAGUAUGUCAUAGGUUGUUUUUAAUGUUUUUUAACUGUUAAGUUGAAAUAAAAAAUUAUUUGGGUUCAGCUGUAGGUAGCGUAUGAUUGAUUUAUAAUUUUAGAUGUUUGCAAGUGAUAUUUGUGUGCUGCCUUUGUGUUUAACACUUUACCUCACGACUUUUUUAACAAGACUUGGGAGAUGCACCAGAAACUUGUGCUAAAUGUUUGUUUCUUUUUUGCUUCAGCAUGGACAAAAAACAUUUAAACUGACUGUUUACUAGUUCUUAUUACUAUGAAGUACAUUUAACAUUUAGGUCUUAAAAACAUGACCUUAUUAAAAUAAGAAAAAGUUGAUGUGUGUUUUUUGUCACAUUGCUUCAAAGAUAUUCUAUAUUUUGUUUUUCAGAAUUGACAUAUGCAAUAAUAAAUAAUAUUUUGCCGUUAUUAAAGCUUA